AUGGAUAAAUGGGAUUGGUCCUUGUCUGAUACGAUUGGCUUCUCUGUAAAAGAUACUAGAAUCAACAUUAACGAUCAUUUGCUCCCCGCGAGUUCGACCAUUACUAGGUGGAACAAUCUCGUGCCUAAAAAGGUUAAUAUUCUUGUUUGGAGAACGUUAAUUGACCGUAUUCCAACGCGCUACAAUCUCUCUAAUAAAGGUAUUGACAUUCCAUCGAUAUUGUGCCCUUUAUGUUCGACUGACUUGGAAACUACAAAUCAUCUGUUCUUGGCCUGUAAGAUUGCUAAUAAAUUGUGGAGGUUAAUUGCAACAUGGCUUGAUAUUCCUACGUUGUUGCUUGCCACUAACUUGGAAGAUGCCCUUUUGCUACUGGACAACAUGCCUAUCAAAGUUCUUAAGAAGAAUUGUAUUGAAGCUGUCCUUUUCUGCAUGAUAUGGGUUAUUUGGAAGCAUCGAAAUGAACAAGUGUUUUCAUCGGGACAAAAUCGUCCAGAUUUCUUAUUCGACUCCAUUGUUUCCCAAUCGUAUUUGUGGGCUACUAGCAGAUCUAAGAAGUUACGUGUUUCGCGGGACGAGUGGUUUAAAAACCCCUUCUCACUUUAUAGUGGGCUACUUGUGGUGACUCGGUCGUAA